AGAAAGCAAAAGUUUCAUCGAAAGGUCUAUUUAAGAAAUCUAAACAUGUUCGUUAAUUAUUUCGAUAAGCCGUCGAUUACGAUCGUUUUGGUAUUUAAGUAAUUAAGUUCUAGCAAAGUAUUACCUGCUUAAAAUAUAACCUACUUUACAAGAAAAUUAAAGAAAUUAAGAAGUUAAUACUUUUAUUAAAUAAGCUAUAUCAGUAUAUUAAAAAUGCUAUUGAUAUUUCUAUUUUCCAUGCUACUGGUAGGAACGCUUGAAGCGAUUCCGCUAAUCUCUCAACCAUGCCGCGGCCGCGAACAUGAAGAUCCUACACGUGUAUUAAAAAUUAUACUUGAAAACUACUCUGUUUUUAAUUCAACAAUAGAACAUGUUCCUAAAACUAAUCAUAACCACGACAUACAUACGUUUUCAAAAAAAAAACCCGUCUGUGAAACAGAAUCAGUUGAAGUCCCAGAUCUAGUUGGGAAAGUAACUAUUCCAAAAAAAGUAAUGGAAGUAACACUAGUAGACUCUUCGUACGCAAAUAAAUGCAAAAAAGUAAAAAGAGAAAUUUUAUAUAUUGAGGAAGAAAAAAAUUGCGAUCAACAUUUAGACGCUCGCUUGUACGUUAUAAAGGUUCGUGAAAUUGUAGUAGCAUACCAACAUAUGAUUUAAAUAAAUAUAAAUAAAUAUCUACAAA